GCAUUGGGCGUGGCCGCCAUUUUGUUUUGGCCAUCGAGCGGGAGGUGGCGGUGUCGGCGGCAGCUGUCGUGUCCGAAAGGAAGCAAAGGGCAGGCUGGGUGAACAAGCGGACUGACCAGACAAAAGAGCCAACAGAAACUGAACAAGCCUAGCCGUUUAUCGCUUACGCAUCUCACCAACCGCCCACCAGAUCACCCCGAGCCUCCCCCGCACCGUGAACUUGGGUUCGGCCGGGCCCCGGCCCGCCUGCCGCAGCCGUGGUGGCAGCCACGGGAGAAGCACUGGCGUCCGUUUCCUUUGAUUCUCGGGAUUUGAAGAUGGCUGCACAGUCAGCUCCGAAAGUUGUGCUAAAAAGCACCACCAAGAUGUCUCUAAAUGAGCGCUUUACUAAUAUGCUGAAGAACAAACAGCCGAUGCCAGUGAAUAUUCGAGCUUCGAUGCAGCAACAACAGCAGCUAGCCAGUGCCAGAAACAGAAGACUGGCCCAGCAGAUGGAGAAUAGACCCUCUGUCCAGGCAGCAUUAAAGCUUAAGCAGAGCUUAAAGCAGCGCCUGGGUAAGAGUAACAUCCAGGCACGGUUAGGCCGACCCAUAGGGGCCCUGGCCAGAGGAGCAAUCGGAGGACGAGGCCUGCCGAUAAUCCAGAGAGGCUUACCCAGAGGAGGACUACGUGGAGGACGAGCGACAAGAACCUUGCUUAGGGGCGGGAUGUCACUCCGAGGUCAAAACCUGCUCCGAGGUGGACGAGCCGUAGCUCCCCGAAUGGGCUUAAGAAGAGGUGGUGUCCGAGGUCGUGGAGGUCCUGGGAGAGGGGGCCUAGGGCGUGGAGCUAUGGGUCGUGGCGGACUCGGUGGUAGAGGUCGGGGUAUGAUAGGUCGGGGAAGAGGGGGCUUUGGAGGCCGUGGACGAGGCCGUGGACGAGGGAGAGGUGCCCUUUCUCGCCCUGUACUCACCAAGGAGCAGCUCGACAACCAGUUGGAUGCCUACAUGUCCAAAACAAAGGGACACUUGGAUGCCGAGUUGGAUGCCUACAUGGCACAGACAGAUCCUGAAACCAAUGAUUGAACCUGUUUACACUCCCGUGAGAGACUGUUACUGAAGUUGCCACAUCUGUAAAUAACCUUGAUAUAACUGAUGAGAAGAAACCUAAUUGAUGCUGGAAGGACGGUCGGUCGCAGUAUGUUAUGGACUUAAUUGCCACCAGUUUGCAUUUAGUGUGGGUUUGUUUUUGUUUUUGAUACUGUGUUUUAUGAAAUUCUUUCUCCUUUG